GAGCGAGCGCGCGCGCGCGUACGGACUUAAAACGUCGUCUGGCAACAGCGCGGAGCGCCUGCCAUUUUUGGUUGUGUAAUUGUUUGACAGGUGCUGCUUUGCGUGCUUUAUGCCCAAACACAAGAGCACUGUGGCCCACGUUGAAAGCGCGGACAACGAAGCACCGAUCGGCCUGCCAGCGAACCGACCCGGAUGCCAGGACCCGCGGUGAGUUGAAGAGAGCGAGUCCGCCGAUACGUCAUGCACGCACUGGCGUCAUCCCCUCCGUCUCGCUGCUUCCGUAGUACCUCAAGACGGCCUGUGUUGGGCACAGUGGUUGGUGCGCGUCGUCGGACAUAACAUGAUCUUUCGUGGGAACCCUCGCACCGCGCCCUGCUAGGUCUCUCGGGGGGCCUACGAGCCAAGGCCGCUUUUCGGACACCUCCGCCGCUCUCUACGGAAUAAAACCAUCGGGGCCGAGUGUUUCACCAAUGCUAAACCCGGAUAGAUUUGACACUGUUUCACGACGGGUAGUACGGCGGAGGAGGCAUGGAGCCCACGAACGGCAGCGCUGGGCUGUUGGCCACGGCGGCGAGCGCCCUGCGCGUGGACACGUCGGGCGUGUUCCUCGACGUCUUCGGUGAUCGCAGCGAGUUCUCCACCUUCGAGGAGUUUAGCGAUCUGUUCGUCCGCUUCGAGAAGAAAUCUCGCUACAUCUUCCGCGUGAAGAACUCGAGCAGCGUCGAAGCCGAGAACAGGCGACGCAAAGACAAGAUCGACAGUGCCAUCAAGUACUCGGGGCUGGUGCUCUGCUGCGUCAACUGCGGAGAUGCCAACAAGACGCUCAAGAAAGUGCAGGAAGGGGACUCGAGGCAGCUGUGCGACGCCCACAUCUACCUGCGCUACCGGUCGUCCUCGCGCAAGCUGGCCAUCAUCUCGUCUUCGUUUGUGCACAACCACGCCAGCCAGGCCGGCAAUGGCUGCUUCCACCGCAAGCAGUCGGUCACUGAGCGCAUUGGCAAACCGCGCGACGGCCGUCGCAAGUUUGUCAAGGCCGGCGACAAGAUGGGCAAGCUGACCCGGCCCAUCUUGCCGUUGCCGCUGUUUGAGCACCGGCUGCUCAAGAACACCUCGGAGCUGACCAUCAUCCCCCUGGGCACCGGGCUGCUGCCCCUGACGGGGGACCUGCCCACACCGCCUCCCCCCCGGCUGCUGCUCAACAGCAGCCCCGAGGACCGGCGCGGGCAGUGCCCUGCCGGGCCUAUGAAGCCCGACAAGCGGCCGAUCCUGCCCUCCCUGCAGCCGCCGCCUGGCCUGCGGGGCCUCGACGCCGGGCCGACGUCGAGGGGGGACCACCUCUCAGGGGUCAAGGCGGAGCCCCCCGCGGGAGGAGGGGCGAGGGAUGGCAGGAGGGGAAAGGAGGAGCCCGGCCUGGUGGACCUGAGGCGCAUCCUGGAGCCUGAAUGCAUCCUCCGGUGCUACGAGGACGAGAACGCGCCGGCUGACGACAACUCGAUGGACGACGACUACGGGGACGACGGGAACGGCGAGGAGGAAGAAGUUGAGUGCAUGGCAACCGACCUCUCGGUGCGACCCCGCGAGGGUCCCCGGCCACCCGAGCUGCCCCUCCCAGAGAACCUCUCGGCAGCGGUCCGCGAGUACAGCGUCACCUGGAAGGAGCUAGAGCCCCUGUUCCGGUUCUGCAGCCGAUGCGGUGCCCCGGUCGAGAAGACGCGCCACUCGCUCCACAACGUGCUCAGCGUGUCCGCCGUCUGCCAGCGUGGCCACGGCGUCUUCUGGACUUCCAGGUCGUGACCCACUCCGACGGGGGGCGCCCGCGGCCCGCCGGACCCGCGGUCGUCGCCCGGCGCCGAUUGGCGCUACUGCCGCUAGCCGGUACAGAGCCUGGAGCGCGUCUUCAACUGAUGCGUUUGUCACCUCGUCAAAAGUGGUCCCUCGAUUUCCGUCCUAUGACAAUCGACGGAAACCAAAGCAGACACAAGACGGGACGCUGCGAUGAUGGCAAUCCUUUCGCCUGCUUGCCUUUUUCGCCAGCUUUUGUACUACCAACCGCCGGGAUGGCGACACCCAACAACACUGUACACCAGUUCCUGCGACGCCAUUUGUUACCACCUUAAGCCCACCUUUAGUGCGCAGGGUGGGAUAGGUCGGUAAACGCACGAAUCAGACGCAUUCUGGGCUCCGUACCGGCUCUGGCCGGUCCGCGGCCAAUAUUGCGGCUUUGCCCGGGUGCCGGCUCGUGGCCAUCGUCUCGAAGACGUCUUGCGGUGCCGAGCUGCCUGCUUCUGCCGCCUCAUGACCGGUUUGUGACUGAGAUUGAACCGGCGCCGAGUCAUACCCUUGCUAGCCUGUCGCAAUCCGGUUCGAGGCUGGCUUCGAACGGAUUUGCGGCGGAGGAAGGGACACUGUCACAUAGUCUCUUGUUAGUCGUUGAACGCCGGUUACGUGCCAACUGCCGACCAACUUGUGGCCGAGAUUGGGGAAAGGGUCGAGCCGCGCAAGUUCUUGCCGGCUCGAUGCGGGACCGUCGUGAUCGACUUUGGGAGGAAGGUAUAGUGUAGAAAUCUGUUUGUCAAUAUUUGGUGGCGGUGGUACAAACACGUGUUGCCCCCGGCGCGGAUGGGGGUUGUAACAUGCCAUGUUGCGUGCGAGCUGAAAAAAAUCAAUGCGUUAGUCCGUUGGUGGGUUCAUUGGAUGCCGCAGAACCAAAGAAAUAUCCAGCAUCACACGCUUCAAUGUCAGUUAAGCAUUUCUGUAAUGCUGGAAGCCAGCUAAGUUAGUGCAAGGUCAAACUAGGUAAAAAUGGCUGUGCAAGAAAAGGCUAAUCCACAAGGCAAGUCUUGAGAGGGAGCAUGGUGUUGUUGGUAUUGAGGUACAAAACCUUGAGACAAUAGCACGGCGUCUCUCGUUCACUCCCGGACAUCAAAUAUGAUGUCAGUUUGAUGCCACAUCACUGUUGGUGUGCACAACUUUGUUAGUGUUGCCACCUGCACAGCCAGUUUACAGGUUACACAGUGACUGGAGUUUGCUUACUGCCGAGUUUUGGGACCUUGAAAAAGGUUUCAUGGUAAGGGCUUGCAUGUACAGCCAGUUUCAGCGACACGUCAAAACUUUGUUAAUGUUAAAACUCGUGAGAGUGCAAGUGCGUUUGGAGUGCUCGUUAAGUGUCGUUUGCCAGGUCCCAACGACAUUGUAGAGGCUGCAGUGUCAUAACCAGGUAUUUAGCCGCUGCAGAGAAUUUGGAUUGUGGCCAUUUAGCACGUACAAAUAGCGGGUCCCCCGCAAUUGGAACAUCGGUAGCAACAUGCGGAAGCACAGCGAUUCAGGUGGGGUUCUCCAAUCCAGAAGUCUGGUUCGUCGCGCAUUCAUGCUUCCAACGAAUUUUUUUAAAGCUCGCGAAAAAGUAGCGAGAUUUUUCAACCUCAGAAUUUGUUGGGAUUACGAGGCGUCGAUGCCCUUCAAACCAAAGUUCCGUGAAGCAUUCGCUUCUCUUCACCGGUGAAAUAUGUACGCCAACAAAAAAUUCAAAACUUGUUGUGCGUUUUUUUUUUCUUCUUACCAUUCUUUUACACAAUCCCAGUUUUCGUAAGUGUUUCUGGAGACGAGAAACCACAGCUGCCAAAUCAAGUCACAAGCUCGAGGCAUGGGGAACGAGCCAGCACCAUCCAAGUCGGCUUGGUCGAGGCAGCCGAUCGUUGCUAGCCGCACAAUCCCGCGACCAAUCACAUCACACAAUCCCGUGACCGAUCAUGCCGGUUCCUUGAGCUAGCGGCCACAGGAGCGUCUUGCGACAGGCGUUGACCCCUCUACAAAGCCGGUUUAUCACAACGAUUGUUGCGGCUGGUCGCAUCGAGAGAUAUUCCCAGGGCAAGCGGGACGUUGCCCGGUUUUACAGAGAAGAUGCGCACAACUUUCGUACAUCUUCGUUUGUCAAAUGUCGGCAUGUUUGUUUUUCACGUUUUCACGUUUCCAACGCACCAGAUUCACUUGUACAGGCAUCGGAGCAUUUAAUCAUUGCACACUCAUUCAAAGUACUCUAAUCACGCGUUUGGCAAGACCUUGUGAAGGCCCCAUGCUUGUGUUUGUCAGUUCGUUACGACACUGUUUUUAGAUACUUCCGAGAGCACUUUUCUUACGUUUGUAGGAAGACGCCCGUAGGAUCGGUAACAAAACGAGCGUCGUCUUUAGAAAAAGACAAAGCACGUAGGAAUGGCGUUUUGUAACUGUUGGGCGUCUUUUUUAGGGCAUUGUUUAUAGCCGUGGCAGACGUCUGGCCAACCUUUUUUCUUUUUACAUGUUUAUUUUUGUUUGGUUUAUGAAGUGUGGGUCUGUCGUACGUUUUGGACGGUGUAGGAUCGACGCUGAAUUAGGUAGCGUUUUUGAAAAGAAUGCGAGAGUGGCAUUUUAUUGCUGUCAGGUACCGUAGAGUUUUACAAUCGCACGUGGAACGGUUGGUGCGGGACAAUGAGCCGGUAAAACAUUGUAGCAACGGUUAUAGUCUCUAGUUGAAGUCACACAUUAAUUAACAAUUGAUUUUCGUUUCUUAGGAUAUGAAGCACGACUAGUUCAGUGCACUUUACUUCGUGGUGUUGGCCGCAAGUUCUAUUUCUUCUUUGCUUCGUCGACCGAACCAGACACAAGGAGAAUGUUGUGUAACGUGUCGUCGUCAAUGUGUGGGGCACAAUUAUUCUAAGGUUGUCUGCAAUGUGAAGGUGCACAGUUUCUAAUUAGUUUAAUUGUUAUUUCAAGAACUGUUUUCAGUUGAGCCGCGAGACGAUGGUUAGAAAUGCCAAAUACCCAGUUGUAAUCGGCGCAGGGUAGAACAACACUGAAACAACUCCUUCAAAUCGAAGCCAAGGAAAAAGAAAAAAAAAAAAAAAAGGACGUUACAAAUGCACGGGCGACGGACACUAGCCAAUGUUACAAGCAAUGUACCAAACUUCUCCCAAAAUGAGCUUCCAUUUUCAAGACCUUCCUACAAACGAGUUUCCCAACUGGGAAAGGCGCACAAAUGAGACUAAUCGAAGUUCGAAGUCUUUAAAACAGUUAAUACAAAGCAGUACAAUAAACAAUAGGCGACGACAUUCAAAGUGCUCAUCAACAACCACACUGCCUCCACUCCACUAAACCUUUUUUUCCUUUUUGUGAAUUGUCAGAACGUUUAAUAACUUGCACAUUGUGGAUCAAACGUCACGUGCGCCUGCCUUCAUCUUGGCAAGACACUCGCUUGCAAGGCGUCUGCGUGAAACUGCCGUGCAAAUUUUUUAGAUAAUGUAGGUUGUUGGGAAGAGGUAUUGCAGCAUUUACAUGAAACGUUCCGCUCAGAGUUUACUAACAUAAUAUUUCACGCCUCUGCUGCUGUGUGUGCUCGAGUAUAGUAUAAUAAGCACUGUUGAUUAAACUAAGAGCCAAUUUUUGUUUUUAUCUAAUCGAGAUUGCUAUGUAAAGCUAUGUUUUCAAUAGGUUUUUAAUCAACAGUCGUAAAUGUGCUUUUGUUUGAACAUCGGGUCUAUAAAAACAAGCUUGCAAUAGGCUUUCCGAUUGCGAGAUAAGAAGGUUUACAUGUUUUCGGCAAACACAGAUAAGCCUCGAAUUUCUGUCCUACAUAAAAAAUGGACACCAAAAAAACUCCUAACCUGUGGGGAAAAAAAAAAAACAAUUUGGAAAAACCAAUUUUUUAACUGAAGAGAAGUAAACCUCAAAAAUCACAACCCCGUUUAUGAAUCCAGGUGGUGAUCAUUGGUUUAUAGAAGUAUCGAUGGCUGGGUUUACAAGAGUGAGAUCGUAGAGCAUAGAAUCGAGCAGGGGACCAAUCACAUGCAUCCCACCUCCCUACUUCUCAUAGUCAAAUUUCGACUUGAUGCUCUGCGAUCGCAUUCACGUAAACGCGACCAAUGGUUGUAGCCACAUCUGUUCAUAAGGUACAGACUAUUGACUUCUAUUGCCAUGUUGGUCCAUAGAAAGAGGCCAAUGAUUGACUUUUGCACCCAAUCAUUGGCAUGCGAGAAUAGGUCGUCGUGACCUUGCGAGGUGCCCACCAGGCGUUAUACAAAAGCUGGCCUUCGAACCAAUUUCAUGACUACUAAACCUUACAGGUGUGUACAGUGCAGACACGUGCGUGAGACAAGCUCAGCAGAAUGCUUUUAAUAAGAAUUCGCGCACCAGGUGCACUCACCAAAGCCGCGCACUCACGUCCGUGCCUUCGUCAGCACAGCAGACUUUUCCGACACGGAGCACGGGACAAGCUAUCCGAAAGGUAAUGCGGCACUUUAGAGAUGUCUGAAGGAGCCUGCAGGUGACAAGAAUAAUCUGACUUUUGCACGGCAGUGUAUGUGUUUCCGAAACACACAAACAUUGAAACCCCAAGACCAUUUGUCGUCGUGCACGACAUGCAAACAGGGCAUUACUUUUGUCUUGUUGGGAGACAUGCUUUUGCGGCGUUGUUAAGCUUUCGUGCUGUCGAUGAAGUUUGGGUUGGUUUCGAGUGAUGAUGUUGCAGUUAGAGCAAAUGGAGCAAGGUUUCUCUCGGCGAGAACUUUUAAAUGUAUAACGUGGCGUUUCAACUGUUCUGACAAUAAUCAUUGUAAGAAAAAACAAAAAAAAUGUUUUGCAACUGUUGUCCUAGUAUGUUGAAAGUGUUUUUCUCCAGACACGGAAUUUUCACCAAAGAUGAUGGAUGUGGAGGAUUAAAGAUUAACAAGGGUGGAGCAACAGAAAGCGUAAUCUGUCGAUACGUUGAAUGGCAAGCUAUGACGGUUUUUAACAUUUUUUCUUCAUUGCCCAUGCACACUAAUGCAUCAUGUUUUCCCUUCUUUUGCCUUUUACCAAAUACUCAUUAACCAUCCCCUCCCCCACUCCCCAACUGUUUCGUUUAUGUUAACUCUGCAAAGUACUCAGAAAAAUAAUUAGGUGGUAGAAAUACCACUGCACAAAAAAAAGUUAUAAAACAAUGCAAGCGCAAUAAAACUGAAUCUCUAGCUCUGCAA